AUGGCAUGGAGGCAAAUUCUAUUCAACUCAAGAGCAAUUUUGGGACCAUAUUUAGCAACCGGAUCCGCCAGAUUCUCCACAAAAUCAAACCCAUACCUAGUGAAAGUUGGAAUACCAGAGUUUUUGAAUGGAAUUGGCAAUGGAGUGGAAUCCCAUGUGGCCAAGCUUGAAGCUGAGAUUGGUGACUUCCAAAAGCUGCUUGUCACUCGUACUCUCAAGCUGAAGAAACUUGGCGUCCCAUGCAAACAUAGGAAGCUGAUCUUGAAAUACACCCACAAGUAUAGACUGGGACUCUGGAGACCUCUAGCUCCGGCAAUCAAAUCCUAG